UAAAUCCACGCUUUAUUCGUAACCAACAUGUCGUUGAAAACGCUAGUCUUCUGUGUUUGCGUCACUUUAGCUUCGGCGGCGAUCCAGCGCUCUGCUUUGGAGCCAAUCCCUGAUAAAUUUAGUGGCCUUCAAGGCUGUUACAUCAGGGAGUUCGAUGGUGUCCUUCCCUUUGAUUCUGUAACAUACUCGAAGGAAGCAGAAUGCACCCGAUACUUCUGCGCGCACGAUGCUGUCAUACACCAAUCGUGUAAAGAUGAGCUGAGCACAGACACCCCUGUAUGUACCUUUACCAAAACAGAAGAAAAACGUGACACAAUCUGCAUUCUUUGAACAAAGCCGUGGUAAAACAAUGACCAAGUACACAGGAAGAAAUUUCAAACAUUUAUCAUAUAUAUAUCAUGGAUAGUAUUUAAUAGAUAGUAAUUCUGAAAACUAAAUUUGAUAAUUGAAAUAAUAUUAAUAUAUAAAUAUUAUAAGAA